AUGCCUUUGUGUAAGAAGCGGCAACCCAGCAAAUCCAAGGGGGAGAAACUCAUCAAACGAGCUCCCAUUUUUUAUCUGCCUUUGAAACAGAAGAAUCGAGGGAGGCGGGGUCCGGGGCCGGCCCGCGAGCGAGGAGGCCGCGUUCCCGGGGGCCCGGAGGAGGUGGUCAGCGGGGAGAGCCUGGGCUGGGCCGGGGGCCGGAGGCCUAGGGGCGCCGGCAGUCCCGGGAGCUCCAGCCUCGGGCUGUCCGAUCCACCCAACCUCAGCAACCUGGAGGAGUUCCCUCCCGUCGGCUCCGUUCCCCCCGGCCCUGCAGGGACCAAGCCUUCACGGAGGAUCAAUCCAACUCCGGUGAGCGAAGAGCGGUCCCUCUCCAAGCCUAAGACCUGCUUCACCUCACCCCCAAUCAACUGUGUGCCCAGUGCCCAGCCCUCAGCCCUGGACACUAGCCCUUGGGGCCUUGGCCUUCCCCCAGGGUGCCGAAGUCUGCAGGAGGAGCGCGAGAUGCUCAGGAAGGAGCGCUCUAAGCAGCUGCAGCAGUCACCUACCCCUGCCCACCCCACCCCUGAAUCGGGGUCUCCCCUGCCCAGCCGGACAGGAAACCUCACAGCUGAACCUGCUGACCCUGCCAGAGUGUCUUCCUGCCAGCGCCUGAAGCUGGUAGCCCUUGUCUACUCCUCGUGCAUUGCUGAAAAUCUGGUACCAAACCUCUUCUUGGAGCUUUACUUCGUCCUUCAGCUCCUUACUGCCCGCAGGAUGGUGGCUGCGAAGGAUGAUGACCUUGAACCAAGCCCAGGUGCCCUAGAUCCCCUGGAAAGUCCACUGUUUCAGAGUGUCCACGACUGUGUCUUCUUUGCAGUGGAGGUUCUGGAGCGUCAGUUUCAGGUUCUUUGCUACCUGGACAAAGGGACGUUGAAGCUGUUGGCUGAGAACGAGCGACUACUGUGCUUCUCACCAGCUCUGCAAGGCCGCCUGCGAGCUGCCUACGAGGGCAGUGCUGCCAAGGUCUCUCUGGCCAUGCCACCUUCUGCUCAAGCUGUCUCCUUUCAGCCAGAAACUGACAAUCGGGCCAACUUCUCCAGUGACCGAGCCUUUCACACUUUUAAAAAACAAAGGGAUGUGUUUUAUGAGGUGCUUCGAGAGUGGGAAGAUCGCCACGAGGAGCCUGGCUGGGACUUUGAGAAGGGCCUGGGCAGCAGGAUCAGAGCCAUGAUGGGCCAACUCUCUGCAGCCUGCAGCCACAGCCACUUUGUUCGGCUCUUCCAAAAGCAGCUUCUCCAGAUGUGUCAGAGCCCUUGUGGGGCAGGGGGCACUGUCUUGGGCGAGGCUCCGGAUGUGUUAAGUAUGCUAGGAGCUGACAAGUUGGGGCGGCUGCGGCGCCUACAGGAACGACUUGUGGCCCCUCAGAGCAGUGGGGGGCCCUGUCCACCCCCAACCUUCCCAGGUUGUCAAGGCUUCUUCAGGGACUUCAUCUUGAGUGCCAGCAGCUUCCAGUUUAACCAGCAUCUCAUGGAUAGUCUGAGUGUGAAGAUCCGGGAGCUCAAUGGCCUGGCCCUGCCGCAGCACGCGCCAAGUGACGAGGACGGGGAGUCGGACGUGGACUGGCAGGGUGAACGGAGGCAGUUUGCUGUGGUGCUGCUCAGCCUGAGGCUUCUGGCUAAAUUCCUGGGCUUUGUGGCUUUCCUGCCAUACCGGGGGCCUGAACCACCCCCGACCCGGGAACUUCAGGACUCCAUUUUGGCCCUCAGGAGCCAGGUCCCCCCAGUCCUGGACGUGCUGACUCUGCUGCGGCAGGGGCUGGGGGCCCGUCGAGCGGUGCUCACCGUGCCCUGGCUGGUGGAGUUCCUGUCUUUCGCUGACCACAUUGUUCCCUUACUGGACUACUACCGGCGCACCUUCAGUCUCUUGCGGCACCUGCACCGGAGCUUGGUCUUAUCAGAGGAGAGUGGAGGGGAGAUGUGUUUCUUGAACAAGCUGCUGCUCCUUGCUGUCCUGGGCUGGCUUUUCCAGAUUCCCACCGUCCCUGAGGACUUGUUCUUUCUGGAAGAGGGUCAGUUGGAUGCCUUGGAAGUGGACACAGUAGCCUCAGAGCAUGGCUUGGACAGCAUGCCUGUGGUGGACCAGCAGCUGCUCUACACCUGCUGCCCCUAUAUCGGAGAGCUCCGGAAACUGCUUGCUUCGUGGGUAUCGGGCAGCAGUGGGCGGAGUGGGGGCUUCGUGAGGAAAAUCACCCCCACCACAACCACCAGCCUGGGAGCCCAGCCUCCCCAGACAACGCAGGGGCUGCAGGCACAGCUGGCCCAGGCCUUUUUCCACAACCAGCCACCCUCCCUGCGCAGGACUGUGGAAUUUGUGGCAGAGAGAAUUGGAUCCAACUGUGUCAAAUACAUCAAGGCCACACUGGUAGCAGAUCUGGUACGCCAGGCGGAGUCACUUCUCCAAGAGCAGCUGGUGACACAGGGACAGGAAGGGGGAGACCCAGUUCAGCUGUUGGAGAUCUUGUGUUCCCAGCUGUGCCCCCAUGGGGCCCAGGCACUGGCCCAGGGGCGGGAGUUCUGCCAGAGGAAGAGUCCUGAGGCUGUGCGGGCGCUGCUUCCGGAGGAGACCCCAGCCGCUGUUCUGAGCAGCGCGGAGAGCAUCGCUGUGGGCCUCGCCAUGGAGAAAGCCUGUGUGUGGCUGUCAGCCAACAUCACAGCGCUGAUCAGAAGAGAGGUGAAAGCGGCACUGAGUCGCACACUUCGAGCCCAAGGUCCUGAGCCAGCUGCCCGGGGGGAGCGGAGGGGCUGCCCCCGUGCCUGUGAGCACCAAGCUCCCCUCCCCUCCCACCUCAUCUCCGAGAUAAAAGAUGUGCUCUCUCUGGCUGUGGGGCCCCGAGAUCCUGAGGAAGGAGUUUGCCCAGAGCAUCUGGAGCGACUCCUCAGCCAACUGGGCCAGACGCUGCGGUGUCGCCAGUUGCUGUGCCCACCUGCUGAGCAGCAGCUGGCAAAGUGCUCGGUGGAGUUAGCUUCCCUCCUUGUUGCAGACCAAAUCCCUAUCCUAGGGCCCCCCACACCGCACAGGCUGGACAGAGGGCAGGCUCGGAGGCUUCUGCACGUGUUGCUCGCCCUGUGGAAGGACGACUUCCAGGUGCCGGUUCCACUUCAGCUGCUGCUGAGGCCCAGAAACGUGGGCCUUCUGGCAGACACACGGCCGAGAGAGUGGGACCUGCUGCUGUUCCUGCUCCAGGAGCUGGUCGAGAGGGGUCUCAUGGGACGAACGGAGAUAGAGACCUGCCUGGGCAGCCUCCAUGAGGCCCAGUGGCCAGGGGACUUCUCUAAAGAAUUAGCAGCUCUGUUCAACCUGUUUCUAGCUGAACCCCACGUGCCAGAACCCCAGCUAAGAGCCUGUGAGCUGGUACAGCCAAACCGGGGGACUGUGCUGGCCCAGAGCUAGGAUGAGGUGGCCCUGCCUUGGGCGUCUCACCAGAACCUGGGAACCCCAUCUGCCUGCCUCAGGAGGAGGCUCAAGAGCCCAGUGCCAGCCUGCGUGUCCACUUCUGACCCUUGCUGCUGCCGCCCUUUCCCUGAGGGUACGUGAGGGAGCAGUUGGGUCUGACGUGAUCAGAUUUCCUGCUCAGAUGUGAAGGAAACGUGUGGCUGCUCAGCACCGCACCGUCAACUGCAGGCUGCCGACCAGAUUCCUAGAGCAAGGAGCCGAGCUGAGCCUCCAUUCCUGGAGGAGGAGAAUUGGCGCUUAUCACCUGGAUACUGAAUGAUGUGCGUGGGCUUGCCGGCAGAAGGUUCAAGCCCCACUCGCUGCUAUCCCAGCAUCUCUUAAAACUUUGUGGUUUGGGGAAAUCAUGACAGAAGCAAAUAAUUUCUUGCUUAACUUGUGAGGAAGGUUGAAGCAUGAAUUUUGGGUGUCUAUUUUCUUACCACCAGGAGCCAUCUUAAAAAGGCACAAGAGAGAAGCUAGGACGCACAGACAGAACCGUGCCUUUACCCUGUAACUCCCCACCUUCAGCCCCUCGCAGUAGGGACUCUCUAGAGCUCCUAUCCAAGGACAGACCAUUGGAGCUUUUUUAAAUAAACUGUUUUCUUUACCAAGGACUUGAUGUUAUUUUCAUGUCUUUUGACUGAGUUGGCAAUGGCCUGGCUGUGUGGAUCGCAAGCUGAGUUGCCCGGCCUCUUAGCAAUGCCCACACAUUC